CUGUUUUACCAUAACUCACUUUGUUGCCUAAAUUCAUAUUCCGUCGAAAGCUUUCAUGAACACGUAUAUCACAUCUUCACAACUUCGGUGCUCGUUUUUAAGGCUUUGGGAUUUUCGAACUUUAAUGCUGAACAGGUUGAGCUACUCUAUAGACAAGCACGCGUAAAACCGGCAAACCUUCAGGUAGAAUGUCACCUCUACUGGCCUCAGGAUGAACUGCGUAAUCUUUGUAAGAAGCUCAAUAUUUCAUUCACUGCCUAUGCACCUUUGGGAUCACCCGGUAGAAAGGUGAUAUUAUUUUAUGCAAAUGCCGAUCCUUCAUCAGAUUUAUUUUGGGCCGCUCAUCCUGAUGGUGUAUGGCCCGAGGGCGAUCCGAUGACAGAGCCGAUAGUAAAGAAGAUUGCUGCUAAACACAAGAUAACUGCAGCCCAGGUUCUUCUAAGGCAUCUUACACAGCACGGAAUCUCGGCAAUCCCAAAAAGCAUUAGUCCUGAUCGGGUGGUCGAAAAUAUAUCUAUAUUCAAUUUCAAGCUAAGUCCUGAAGAAAUGAAGGAACUCGACGACGUCAAAACUAGGAUAAGGCUAUUCGUAUUCGAUUUCGCCUUCGGCCAUCCAUUCUUUCCUCAUAACGACAUCAACCAGACGCAACCACCUAGAUCAGCGCUAAGACUGCACUGA